AGCAGCAAUGCAGACAGGAGCAGGCCUCGGAAAGAAAAGAUUUGAUGAGAAGGAGAGGUAAAAAAAACACAUCGCUAUCUGCAGCCUCGUAACAGGUCCUUACGCACAAACACACCCAGCACUGAUCACAUCUUGGGUGCUGCCACUGCCCAAACCUCAAAUUAUUGCAAUCAAAUGAAGUCAGGGACGAGGCAGGGCUGGUAUAAAACCUUCCUGAGGCACAUCUUCCCACACUGCUCCAGCUCCAAGGGCACGAGGACCAACCAUGAAGGCUUUUCUGGUGGCCCUGCUGGCUGCAGUCCUGUGUGUCCAGCAAGCUUCCUCCCUGUUUUGCUACAUCUGUGACAACGAACAUUCUAACUGGAACUGCAUGAAAACCUACAAGUGUGAGGACCAUGAGAAAUACUGCACGACCACGUACAGCACUACCGGAAUUGGCAAGGACGUGGGACAACGCAUCACCAAGAAAUGCUCUGUGGACUGUCCCGAGACCAACGUGAACUUCGGGGUGGCCGCUUUUUCCACCAAGUGCUGCAGCACCUCCCUGUGCAACUUCAGCGGCGCCAACAGCAUCCGGAUCAACUACGCCGUGGUCCUGCUGGGAAUCGCGGGAAGUUUGAUCUGUGUGCUCAGGGUGGGACUGUGAGCAGGGCUGGCAGGAGAUUGUGACCACCCGAGAAGCCACAAGGUAUUCCCCAAGUGAGAAACCUCAGCCGAGUGUUUCCAGCAGCGACCCUGUUGUAUUCCAAGACAUUGCUUCAGAUCCCGACAUCACACCUAUCUUCCCCCCCACCCCGUUGUUUUGUACUAAUUUUUCCCUGGAAAAGCUCUUUUGAUAGCACGUGUGUGAUAACUGUCAGAUAAAAUAAAGAUUUGUGU